AUGUGGAACCUGCUGGAUAUGUUUGUGCUCAUAUCGCUACUGAUCAAUGUCAUUAGUGAGAUUGUGGUCCCUGGUGGUGUGUCCCACUUCACACGUGCACUCAAGGCAUUUCGGGCAUUGCGCUUGAUCAACUUGUCCUCAUUGAUGCGCGAUACUUUUCAUGCGGUCAUGAUUGCUGGAGCCGGUCAUAUUCUAGAUGCAUCUUUGUUGGCACUUCUUUACAUUAUCCCUUAUGCCGUUUGGGGCCAGAACCUCUUUGCUGGUCUAUUGUACAGCUGCAAUGACGACGGUGACCAUAUUCAGACUAAGUUGGACUGUCAUGGAGAAUAUGCCUCUACCCCUUUGAACUGGUCUUUCCUUGCACCUCGGGCUUGGCACAAUCCUUCCGACGGCAGCAUAUAUUCGUUUGAUGACUUUAAAAGUGCAUUGCUGAUCCUAUUUGAGAUUGUUUCGCUCGAGGGGUGGAUUGAUGUCAUGACUCGAGCCAUGAGUAUCACGGGUCGUGAUAGGCAGCCUAGCCCUGAUGCAUCGCAACACAAUGCAAUUUUUUUCUUGAUUUACAACUUGAUCGGCGCGGUCAGUGUUUUGACUCUCUUUGUGUCUGUGAUUAUCGAAAACUUCCAGCGAUACUCGGGCGCAGCCUAUCUCACGACGGAGCAGCGGCAAUGGCUGGAUUUAAAGCGGCAAUUGCAGCGACAGAAUGCAUCUAAGCGACCCAAGGCGGCUCCUUCUCGUCGCUUUGUGCGCUGGUGUUACGAGGUUUCGACGCGCAAACGGGGUUGGUGGAUGCGACUUAUGACAUUGCUCCACUGUGUUGUGCUCGUCAUGCUCAUGUCUCAGACUAACGAUGACAGUAUGGCCGUCGACCGUGGACGCUCGAUUGCUUAUUCGGCUUUGUCGGUCGUGUUUCUUUUUGAUAUACUUGUGCGAUUCAUUGGGUUAGGCUUUACCAGUUUCCGCCGCAGCUACUGGAACUUGUAUGAUGUGAUUGUCAUGGCAGGUGUAUUUUCAACGAGUAUAUCGCGCUCUGUGUUCCCCAACUCCUCUCAGGUUCAUGCCCAAUUGCAGAAAAUCUUUUUGACUUGUGUCACUCUGAAACUCGUCCAGCGCAGCGAUGCUCUCAACUUGCUGUUCAAAACUGGUAUUGGUUCUAUACCGGCGAUUCUAGCCCUGUUUCUUUUAUGGUUCACUAUGUUCCUUGUUUGGGGCAUCAUGCUGGUCGAGGUAUUUGGUCUGACCAAGUGGGGCGCGAAUGAAACACAUGCUAAGAACCUCAGCACCUUAUGGGGCACGCUCAUUUUUCUCUCCAUGACCUCGACGGGCGAAGGAUGGAAUUCAUACAUGCAUGACUAUGGUGUUCAAUCGCCUCGAUGCACGCCGUCGGAUAACUAUUUAUCGACAGACUGCGGCAGCGUUCCGUGGGCCUACUUCCUCUUCAUCUCGUGGAACAUCAUUUCUAUGUUCAUUUUCCUCAAUAUGUUUACUGGUACUGUCGUCGAAAAUUUCUCGUAUGUAUACCACCUGCAGGGAAGCACAGCUUUAUCGCGCGAACAAAUGCGUAUUUACAAGGAUGUAUGGAGUUUGUUUGACCCCAUGGGCAAAGGUUACAUAUCUCGGGACCAAGUCGUUCCUUUUCUUGCACGACUGACUGGUAUGUUUGAGGUUGGACUCUAUCCGCCACAGAUGCGUCUCAAAGCACUACUCGCACAAAGCAAGGUCGGUGAUGUAAAUGAUGAAGCGUCUUCCCCGACUUCGCGCCGCAAUAUUUUCCGCUUUCGUACACCGCGCUCCCCCAUGUCUCGCACACCCAACUCGCGUUCACCGCAGUCGCACUCUCCACAUUCAUCUCGCUCGACAUCGCCCAACCCGGCGUCGCCCUACACUCCCCGCACUAAUCCUACACUCCCAUCGGAGACGGGCUCGUUCCUUGAGGUGGGCACCCACAGUCCCCAGUCGCAAGGCGCACCGUCGUUCCUGAAUGCAGAUAUCGACAUGUCUGGAGAGAAACGGCCGCGCAUUGAGAGUGGCAUCGACCUGGACAAGCUGGAAGGGGCGCUACAGAAUGCAGAUCCGGCUGAGCUUGCUAUGCGCCGACGGCGCUUUAACCGGAUGUACCAUGAGGCACUUAUGGCAGACAAGGGCAAGGGCAUUUCCUUUUCGUCAAUGCUCUUUGUUCUAGCGUACCAUAAGAUGUGCGGGUCCCCGGUCAACCUUGAGGUCUCUGAGUUUAUUGAGCGUCGUGCAUUGAUGGACAAAAUCGACGCGCAGAUUAACUUGGAGCGUGUGCGUGGCCUGCUCCGUGGAGUAUACAUGAGACGAAGGUUCCUGGCCAUGCUUCGCGAAGGCGCGCACAUCCACAUGAUGACUGAUGGCACAAAUGUGCCAACCAUUCAUAUUCAGCGUCCUCUGUCCGAGACAGCUGGCCCCUCGCGCCCUAGGAUUCGAAUUGAUACAUCCUUGGGCAUGCUAGGUGAAGGUGAUACCCGAAAUAUGCUACACACACCUGAAAAUAUCCGUUCUAAUUACAGCAGUGAUGAUGGCGACUCGGCCAGUGCAAGCGAUGUUCACGUGUCGCCUCAUUCGGUCAACCUACCGCGCCGCCGCCUGUCCUUCCACCAUGACGAUGAGAAUCCCUUUCAAGACAAUUCUACGUAUGACUUAUCUCAACUACCUUUGCACCCACCUGCAGAUAUGGAUACGUGGACACAAAUCAUGCAGCGUCUGUCGGUGGAUAGCCGCGUGGCGGACGCCGAUAUGAUGCCGCCUAGUAAUGACCCUUCAUAG